AUGUCGUUGAGGGCUGUUAGAAGACCCAUAAGGGCAAUAUUCAACCCUAGCAUAAAUUUAUUGAGAACGCCUUCCGUAAGAGGCCUACACAUAACGAAGCGCUUACUUCAAGACCAGAAAACCGACAAAGAUGGAAAGGAUGAUAAAAUAAAUGCUGAAAUAAGAAAAUUAAAAGAACUUAAAGAAACAUACCGUAAUGCAGGGUUUUUUGAAAAGUUGAAAUUGCAUAGUCAGCUAUUGAAACAAGAAGCAAGAGUUACCGAAGCUCAAGAAUCAAAGUUAAAUGCAAGCAUUCUGGGCCCAGUGAUGAAAUUUAAUGAAGAUCCUAUGUCAAUAGAGAAUUUGGCAAGGUACCAAGUGGUCUAUUCUUUCAUGUUAACGACAUUUGUCCGUGAAUGUGAAGCUUAUACCAAACCACAGUCGGUUAAUUUCAAUCCUGAUGCAUUAAUCGAGGAUAUAAUUGAGACAUUCCAAGAGUUUCAUCCAGACUAUGCACCUAUUACAAAGAAUGACGUGUUGUUCUACUUCCAUGUGUAUCACGUUUUGCUGAACAAUAUUAUAUUCAUGGAUGAAUUGAAAUUCGACCAUCCAGUUGUGGCAAAAUUAUUGAAUUCUUAUGUUAGCAUGAAUCCAGAAGACAACGCAACCGAAAAGGCUAAAAUGUUAGCCGAAGAAUUGGAUGUGAAUGAAGAUGUAGUUACUGGCUGGUUUAAUAUAUUUUCAAUUUUAUCGUCAACACCGUUUGCUAAACCUGGCCAGAAAUAUACUUGCUCCUUAUGCCCUACAGAGUAUGCCCGUUUUCAGGUGUUCAAUACUCAAGUUGAUGCUAUUCAAGAUAAGUUUUCAAAAAUUUAUAAUGAUGCCUUUAAAAAAUCGAAUAGCGCCAAUACUAAACAAAACUCUAAUUCUAACCCAGGAUUGAACAGUUUCAUAUUUCAAACUAAUGAGUCUAAAAAGAAUCCUCAAGAUAAUAAAAAGAACGAUAAGAACAAAAAUAGUAAAGACAAAAAACCUAUUGAGUUUGAAAUUAAUCUCAAUGGUUCUCCAAUGAAAUAUUUUCAACUUGGACUUUUGGGUGGUCUUUUGAUGUACAUCUUGUAUAAUUUGUCUCAAGACAAUGACAAUGAAAUCUCAUUCCAAAAGUUUUCAGCUGACUUUUUAAGUAAGAAUCUUGUAUCCAGAUUAGUCGUUGUCAACAAUAAAACUGUUAUCGUUGAAUUGAAUGAUAAUGGUAAAGCACAAUACAACAAUCAUCAGGGCCGCUUUUAUUUUAAUGUUGGAUCUGUUGAAUCAUUUGAACGUAGUUUGCGUCAUGUUCAAGAGGAAUAUCAAAUUGCAGAACCGGUUAGAGUUCCUGUAGUCUAUGUCAAUGAAGGUAACACCACCAAGAUGUUAAUUAACUUUUUACCAACUAUUUUAUUCUUGGGUGCUAUUUACUAUAUGACCAAGAAGGCUAGUAUGGGUGGAAUGGGUGGUCCAUUAGGCUUUGGUAAAUCAACUGCAAAAAAAUUCAACCAAGAAACAGAUAUUAAAAUUAGAUUUAAAGAUGUUGCAGGUAUGUCUGAAGCGAAAGAAGAAGUUAUGGAAUUUGUUAAGUUCUUGCAGAAUCCUGAGAAGUACGAAAAAUUAGGGGCUAAAAUUCCAAGAGGUGCUAUUUUAUCGGGACCACCAGGUACCGGUAAGACGCUUAUAGCCAAGGCCACGGCUGGUGAAGCCAACGUUCCAUUUUAUUCUGUUUCAGGUUCUGAGUUUGUCGAAAUGUUUGUUGGUGUUGGUGCAUCUCGUGUUCGUGAUUUAUUUAAGACUGCCCGUGAAAAUGCGCCAUCAAUAGUAUUUGUCGAUGAAAUUGAUGCGAUUGGUAAGCAACGUUCAAAGGGUAAUGCCAGCGGUGCUAACGAUGAGCGGGAAACUACGUUGAAUCAAUUGUUGGUUGAGAUGGAUGGGUUUGAAAGCUCAGAUCAUGUUGUGGUUUUAGCAGGUACGAACAGAGCUGAUAUUUUGGAUAAAGCUUUGAUGAGACCGGGUAGAUUCGAUAGACAUAUUGCUAUUGAUAAUCCUGAAUUGCAAGGACGUAAAGAAAUCUUUCAAGUUCAUUUAAAAAAAAUUACGUUAGCAAAAAAUAUCGAUCAUGACCUACCUGGCCGUUUGGCAGCUUUGACACCAGGAUUUUCUGGCGCGGAUAUUGCCAACGUUUGUAAUGAAGCUGCUUUAAUUGGUGCCAGAUUCAAUGCUGAAGCUGUUACGUCUAGACAUUUCGAAUUAGCAAUUGAAAGGGUCAUCGGAGGAAUUGAAAAGAAAUCAAAGAUUUUGAAUGCCGAAGAGCAGAAAGUUGUUGCUUACCACGAAGCAGGCCAUGCUGUAUGUGGUUGGUUUUUGAAACAUGCUCAUCCAUUAUUGAAAGUUUCCAUCAUUCCUAGGGGCCAAGGUGCUUUAGGUUACGCACAAUACUUACCACCCGAUCAAUAUUUGAUGUCUGCUUUACAAUUAGAGGAUAGAAUGAUCAUGACUUUAGGUGGUAGAGUUUCAGAAGAAUUGCAUUUUGACUCCGUAACAAGUGGUGCCCACGAUGACUUCAAAAAGGUUACCAAUAUCGCCCAAUCAAUGGUCUUAAGGUUCGGUAUGUCCAAGAGAGUUGGUAUGGUCAACUACGCUGAUACACAGUCCCAGGAUAAUUUAACAAAGCCAUUCAGUGACGAAACAAACUCCAUCAUAGAUGAGGAGAUUCAAAGAAUUGUGAGAGAAUGUUACCAAAAAUGUACUAAUUUAUUGAAGGACAAAUCUCAUGAAGUCGAACUAGUAGCUCAAGAGUUAUUGAGGAAAGAAUAUAUAACUAGGGAAGAUAUGAUUAGAUUGUUAGGUAAGAGGCCAUUCCCAGAAACCAAUGAUGCCUUUGAUAAGUAUCUCGACGGUAAGGAUGUUUUCAAAAACGAAAAGCCUGCAGAUGAGAAAAAAGAUGAUGUUCAAUAA